AUAAACCAUCCAUUGAUAAUAUUGAUGUCAAUUCGAUUGCAUUUUUUAACGCUCCCGUGCAUUCUCCAGACUUUCAAAUGCCUACAGGAAUUCCCAGCAUACUGCCGCCGCCCACAAAUAACCAAUUAUUUCAUCUUCCAACUCCAAAGAUCCCUAAUUUAAAUCCGUCCAUAAGCCAACCAUCUUCACAAUUCUCAACUCGCUCAUCGCGUAGUUAUUCGUUAUCAUCUGGCCAAGGAAACAAAUCAAACCAAUGUACAAAUUUUGACCAGAAACGAGAGAUGCGUUUAGAACGUAAUCGUGUUGCGGCAAAAGAAUGUCGUGAAAGGAAGAAGGCGUACGUCCAAAAUUUGGAACGAAAGGCCACCGAGAUGCAACAAGAGAAUGCAACUUUAAGAAAGAAAGUUUAUGAUCUGAAAGCGCAACUUGAAUGGGCCGAAUCAAAGGUGGCUGAAAAAGACCAGUUGGAAUCAAUGGUGCAAAAAUUAAAAGCAAAAAUUAUGAACAUGGAGAAAGGGAAUGCGCUCAUUUCGUCAUUGGCAUUGCAGGAGGUUGAUGAAUUGAUUGAAGAGUGGCAUCCCGAACCACUGGUUUCUAAAAUUUCCGAAGAAAAAAGGAUUGAAUUAGAAAAGGUCCCUGUUGUAAAUGGUCCUACUGGUCCAAAGGUUAAACUGGCGAACGGAAAGAUUUUGAUGAACUUGGCAAGUUUUGAUUUCCUCGGAUGUUCCGCAAAUGAGCAGUUAAAGGAAAAAGCAGUUGAAAUUCUCAGACGUUACGGUGUGGGCUCGUGUGGCCCUCCGGGAUUUUAUGGCACAAUUGCGCUAGCAGUAUGCGCGACGGAAUCACUUUUAAACUUAGCUCGAAAUCCAAGCCUCCCUGAGACGAUUCUUUCAAACACAAAAACCUUCAAAAAUGGAUUGGCAAAUAUGAAAUAUGCCAAAGUUGUAGGAUCACUUGACUCGCCCAUAUUUCAUUUGAGACUAAAUGGUGAUGAGAUAAAAAUCGACAAUGUAGAAGAAAAGGAUAAGCUUCUUCAGGAGAUUGUUGACGAGGCCAUGAACAAUGGUAUUCUGUUGACUCGAGCGAAAUACGUAAGAUCUCAGGAAAAUUUUUAUAUCGAACCAAGCAUCCGCGUCUGUAUUUCUGCUGCUUUUACCAAGAAAGAGAUUGAGAAAGCAGCAUCAACAAUUAAAAAUGUUAUCACCAAAGUUCUAAAAAACAAGAUCAAAUUGGAUAGCUCGUAA